AUGGCCACCAGGGAUUUGGCCAUAGGAAUGAUCUUUUCAUUACAAACUCUAGCUGGAAUACUGGGGAAUUUCUCUGUUCUUUACUUUUAUCUCUUCCUUUACCUGACAGGAAGCAAGUUUAGGUCCACAGACUUGAUUCUCAAAAAUCUGAUUGUAGGUAACCUCUUAGUUAUUUUUUCUAAAGGAGUCCCCCAGACAAUGGCAGGUUUUGGGUUAAAAGAUUUCCUCAAUGAUUUUGGAUGCAAACUUGUUUUCUAUGUUCACAGAGUGAGCAGGGAUGUGUCCAUUAGCACCACCUGCCUCUUGAGUGUCUUCCAGGCCAUCACGAUCAGCCCCUUGAACUCCAGGUGGGCAGAGCUUAAAGUGAAAGCCCCUAAGUACAUAGGAACCUCCAAUAUCCUCUGCUGGAUCUUGAAUAUGAUGCUAAAUAUUAUACUCCCUCUGCAUAUGACUGAUAAAAGGAACAAAGCAAACUUCACACAGAAAGCAGACUACGGCUACUGUUAUGCAAUACUUACUGGCAACAUGAAAGUCUAUGUAGCAUUUAUAUUAUGUCGUGAUUGUUUCUGUUCAGUGCUGAUGGUCUGGGCCAGUGGCUUCAUGGUUUUCAUCCUGUGCAGACACAAGCAGCAGGUUCAAUACAUGCAUAGAAAAAAUCUGUCUCCCAGAUCAUCUCCUGAGUCCACAGCUGUGCAAAGCAUCCUUGUCCUUGUUUGCACCUUUGUAUCUUUGUGGACUCUCUCCUCUAUCUUCCUCAUUUGUUUGGCAGUUUUUAACAAUGCCAGUUUCUGGCUGAGGAACACUUCUACGCUAAUAACUGCAUGUUUCCCAACUGUCAGCCCCUACCUUCUCCUGAGUCACGACUCCAGAGUAUCUCGAGUCUGCUUUGCUUGGAAUGGAAUACAAAAUCCCCUAAACUUUUCAUAA